AUGGCUUCAACUGAGAGUUCACUCUCACAAAUUUUCUCAUUUCAGGACUUAAAAUCUUCUCCUGACCCGAUAUUUGAGGUCCCGGCUCAGUGUCUGAACCCCACGCCGGCACCAAUAAUAAUAGAUAAUGGCUCAUUCCAGACCAGGGCUGGUUGGGCUGUUCCGGGGGAACAGGGUGCUCCGCGUCUGCUCUUUAGGUCAGUGGCGGCGCGUAACAGGGGAGCCGCACGCAGUGAAACCCAGAUCGGCAACGAUAUCCCUAGUCUGGAGCCGCUGCGGUGGCUACUCAAGAGUCAGUUCGAUCGAAACGUGGUCGUCAACUUGGAGAUCCAGGAGCUUGUUUUCGACUAUGUGUUUACCCACCUGGGCAUCACAUCGGAGGUGAGUGGAUGGUGGUCACUGUGCGAUGGUGUGGUACCACCAUUUGCGUCUCCAAGCAAAUCGAAAUUCACAGUCUCUGAUGCCACCUACGUACUUACAAUUUUCCUCAAAGCUGUUUAAAUGUUUAGCUUUCUGUUAUGCAAAACGUUUUUACCUAGCAGUCUAAACAGAUGACUAAAAUUGAAAUUUAAGCUGAAUCGUGGAAAAAAAUGUAAUUCAAAACCCUACUCUGACACUUACAUCGGAUUUGAAUUAAAUAGGCCCACUAUUUAGCUUUCCAUCAUAUUAGAAUAAAAACAGCAGCAAAGGCUCAUUUGCAUUAAAUGAAAAAUGAAAAACAAUAGAUGACUCAAGUUGAAGACUUACAAAAAAUAAAAGUGGCUUAAAAUUUGAAUACUUUCGUCUUUACUAAAGACAGAGUAGAUAACGCCUAAAACUAAAAGUUAGAUCCUUAGAGUACCAAACCAAAAAUUUGCAAUUUUUUUUUUACUUUCAGCAAAUUUGCCUCCUAAAGAUGUCUUAACUUUAACAUAUCCACCAGUCUAAAGUUUGGACACACAGUGUCAUUCAAUGUUUUUUCCUAAUGUUUAUUGUUUUUUUACAUUACUUUUCUACAUAAACUGUCUUAAACCUUUAUGUUAUUUGACAUUCUUAAAAGCCAUUAAAACGGUUGCGGCUCUGCACACUCUUGGAAUCCUCUCAACCAAGGUAUUGAGAUAUAGUCCCCAGAAAUACUUUCCAACUGUCCUAAAGGAGUUUCAGGGGUGCCAAGAUCUUGUUAAUUGUUGUUCUUCCCCCUGCUGAGACAGGCUCAGGGGAUUAACCUAGGCCAGGUCAUCUGACACAGCACUCAAACUCUCUCUUUCUUGGUCAAAUAGUCCUCACAUAGCUUGGAGGUGUGUUUGAGAUCAUUGUCCAGCUGAAAAACAAAUGGUGAUGGUGACUAUGCACAAACCAAAUGAGAUGGCAUGUUGCUACCAUGGACUGUAUAUACUAUGGACAACUUGGUUCCGCCUCCCGCCUGUAUACGGAUUUGAAGCCAAAAAGCUCUCGGUGUUUCUGGAUUUUUCUUCAUUUCCUAAAACCAGUGUUGCGCAGUAGCAUUGUGCGCAUUCAACAGGAGAGUCUCCGAGAGUCGCUGUGAUGACGCUCGGCUCAAACAGCGUAUCCCCCGGGUAAGCUACGCAAUCCCUUAACACCAAUAGGCUGUAUCAGGUGUCAAUCAUAGAAAACACGAACCCCCUAAUAACUUUUAAAAACUGAGUUGCACAUAAAAAAGAGGACUUGAGCACAAACCAGUCUUACUGUAACUACAUGUCAACACCGCAAGCAGGGGGGAGAAAAAAUUAUGUUCUGUGAAAUAAAUUUCUAAAGUUUGCUCUGUAAGCUUUGCUGGCGGAGGCAGAUUUAUGACCUAUACUGCAGCCCGCCAACAGAGGGUGCUGUUCUUGGAGUGGCUUCACCCAGCAAGGAGGCAGACUCUGUCCAUUCUGUAUACAGUCUAUGGUUGCUACAGAGUGCUGUGGUAGCCAUGCUGCAUUAGUGUUCCUUGAAUUUUAAGUAAAUCAUCAACAGUGUUACUCUUCUUCCUCCAUGCCUCAUACAUGUAACUAUCAUGCACAUACCCUUUUUGCGUGUCAAAAGGACAUUGACAUAAGAACCAAAAAUCUAAAAUUGAGCCUAAUUACACUGAAGUUUUCUAAAAAUAUAAAGCAACUCCACCUUGUGUUUCUUGGCCCAGGCAUUUUUCUUGUUGCUGUUCUUUGUAACUGGUGGCAUCGUUGCAGCAGUUUGACCAUGAAAGCCUGAGUUACACAAUCUCCUCUGAACAAUUUUAAAAAUACAACAAACAAGACCAAACAACAUAGAAAGAGACUACGAGGUACAGGGCCUAUAGCAGUCUUUUUUUGUUAUGGGACCUCAAAUAUUGAUUUCUCAGUGUGUACUGCCAAUAUAUAUUGCACUAAAUUGCACUAAAUAAUGAAUAAAAAAUGAAUGAAGUAGCAAGGUAGGAACUGAAAAGCUGGGACAGUAGAAAAUCAAAGUGUUGGUGCAGGAGGAAGUCUUUGCAAAAUCUCAGUUGAAAAUGAACAGGAAGUCAGUAGUAAAUAUUUAAAUAUCUGAAUACAGUGCAGGGUUAAUGGUGACAUAUAGGGUACAGGUGACAGAGAUUAUUGUCCAGUAGAGUGGCAGUGAUGAUUUGUCCAGAACUUCAGUGGCAGUGCACAUUGACUGUAGUAUGUGUGUAAGUGUGGGGCUGUAGACAGGGGGUCAGUAAGAGGUGGUGGGAGACGAAAGGGGUUGCUGUGAAUGACAGAAGUACAGCUUGGGGAAAAAAUCUGUAUCAGAAUCUUGUUGUGCUGGUCCUGAUGCUGCAAAACCUCUUGUCUGAUGGAGGGGGUACAGUCUGUGUGAGGGGUGGGAGAGGUCCUUCAUUAUUGUGGAGGCUCAGUGUGCACAGUGUACUGAGGAUGUUCAGGAUGAACCCAAGAGACCCCUACGAUUCUCUACAGGACGCUCUCUACAGUUGUUGUAGUUGAACCAUAGUUGAAUAUGGAUGAACUGUAUAGGACUGUGUACUUACCCUGUUUUGGGGCAAUACAAAGGGAUGGUUUGAAGGAUAAGAGAUUCCUGGAAGCAAGGCACACCUGCAAAUUGAAAACCAUUUCAGCUAAUAGCCUCAUGGAGCUGUUUGAGAGAAUGCCAGGAGUGGGCAAAGCUGUCCUCAAGACUAAAGGUGACUACUAUGUAGAAUCCAAAAUAAAAAACAUUCUGGUUUGUUUCACAUAUUUUUGUACACAUUACAUACACUCACCGGCCACUUUAUUAGGGACACCAUGCUAGUAACGGGUUGGACCCCCUUUUGCCUUCAAAACUGCCUCAAUUCUUCGUGGCAUAGAUUCAACAAGGUGCUGGAAGCAUUCCUCAGAGAGCUUGGUCCAUAUUGACAUGAUGGCAUCACACAGUUGCCGCAGAUUUGUCGGCUGCACAUCCAUGAUGCGAAUCUCCCGUUCCACCACAUCCCAAAGAUGCUCUAUUGGAUUGAGAUCUGGUGACUGUGGAGGCCAUUUGAGUACAGUGAACUCAUUGUCAUGUUCAAGAAACCAGUCUGAGAUGAUUCCAGCUUUAUGACAUGGCGCAUUAUCCUGCUGAAAGUAGCCAUCAGAAGUUGGGUACAUUGUGGUCAUAAAGGGAUGGACAUGGUCAGCAACAAUACUCAGGUAGGCUGUGGCGUUGCAACGAUGCUCAAUUGGUACCAAGGGGCCCAAAGAGUGCCAAGAAAAUAUUCCCCACACCAUGACACCACCACCACCAGCCUGAACCGUUGAUACAAGGCAGGAUGGAUCCAUGCUUUCAUGUUGUUGACGCCAAAUUCUGACCCUACCAUCCGAAUGUCGCAGCAGAAAUCGAGACUCAUCAGACCAGGCAACGUUUUUCCAAUCUUCUAUUGUCCAAUUUCGAUGAGCUUGUGCAAAUUGUAGCCUCAGUUUCCUGUUCUUAGCUGAAAGGAGUGGCACCCGGUGUGGUCUUCUGCUGCUGUAGCCCAUCUGCCUCAAAGUUCGACGUACUGUGCGUUCAGAGAUGUUCUUCUGCCUACCUUGGUUGUAAUGGGUGGUUAUUUGAGUCACUGUUGCCUUUCUAUCAGCUCGAACCAGUCUGGCCAUUCUCCUCUGACCUCUGGCAUCAACAAGGCAUUUCCGCCCACAGAACUGCCGCUCACUGGAUAUUUUUUCUUUUUCGGACCAUUCUCUGUAAACCCUAGAGAUGGUUGUGCGUGAAAAUCCCAGUAGAUCAGCAGUUUCUGAAAUACUCAGACCAGCCCUUCUGGCACCAACAACCAUGCCACGUUCAAAGUCACUCAAAUCACCUUUCUUCCCCAUACUGAUGCUCGGUUUGAACUGCAGGAGAUUGUCUUGACCAUGUCUACAUGCCUAAAUGCACUAAGUUGCCGCCAUGUGAUUGGCUGAUUAGAAAUUAAGUGUUAACGAGCAGUUAGACAGGUGUACCUAAUAAAGUGGCCGGUGAGUGUAUUUCUAUGUGUGCCUUCAGAGGUUUGAUUUCUUCAGCAUUAAUCUAAAUUGUAGAAGAGAAACCAUUGGAUGGAAAGAUGCACCCAAAAUUUCAACUUUUAACCCAUCAAUUCUGAGAUACAUUCAGAAAUCUGACUACCCUCAGAAGUUUUGAGAAAAUAUUCAGAAUUCCGUUUUUAAUCUCGGAGUUGAGAUGGAUUUUUUAAAUGGCUCUAUUCCUCCUCUGGGUGAGAGAUAAGAGAAUGAAAAGUUGCCUUACCUCAAAAUUGUAAGUUUUACUCUCUUUGUUCAUCUAAUAGUCUUUUUUUACUAUUUGUGUCAACGAAAAAAGUCUCUGGAAUGAGCCCGAAAUGAUUUGAAGGACCACUUCAUGACAGGAUUAUUGGAGUUUCACCCCAAAUUUUGUGGUUGGCUGAGCUGUGUACUAAUAAUAAUAAUCCAGAGAAGAAGUUUUUUUAUGAUUUUAUUUUAUUUUUUAAUUGCCCCGUCAAACUAAGUUCUAACAGGUAUAGUAAAUUUUUGUCUUUUUACCUUGUUUUUUUGUAGGGCAGUGUGGAGCACCCUGUUGUUCUGACAGAGGCCCCCUGCAACCCACUGCACUGUCGACAGAUGAUGUCAGAGUUGCUGUUUGAAUGCUACAGUGUACCUUACGUGUCAUAUGGCAUGGACAGCUUGUACAGUUUCUAUCACAAUAACAUUCAAAGGAACCUCCAACCACCACAUACUGGCAUUGUUCUGUCUUCAGGAUACCACUGUUCACACAUCCUGCCAGUCAUCAAUGGCAGGUGAGGAGCCAGUCAAAAACAUCUGAUUCUGCAUUGUGCUUGGCUUGUUACAAUUCCUCUUACUUCAUCAUGCUCCCAUUGGUACUAAUAAAUGGUCUUCCCUUAUGUCCCUUUUUCCUGAUUGUUUUACUUUCAGUUUUACUCAUUUGUUCUGUACAUUAAGACUUCUAUGAUUAAAAUUCUAGGUUCGACGCAGGAAACUGUAAGCGUGUGAAUGUGGCUGGGAGUCAGGCAGCGUCUUUCCUACAGCGUCUCCUUCAACUUAAAUACCCAGGACACCUUGCUGCUAUCACACUCAGCCGUGUGGAGGAGCUGUUGCAUAACCACAGUUAUAUUGCUGUGGAUUAUAAUGAAGGUGCAGUAUGUCAUUGUGCAUUCAGGAUUUUUUUAUUUAUUUAUUUAUUUAUUUAUUUAUUUUUAAUACUUUAUUUUCAGUUUUAAACUUUACAAAACUGUACAAGACAAACAACGGUAAAGAAACAAUAAAAAAAAAAAAAAAAAAAAAGGGGCUUUGCAUUCAGGAUUUUAAUUUGGUUGAUACUUGCUUGAAAAUGCCCCAGGAAAUGUAUUUGUCAAAAAUGCUACACCUUUACAUCAAUAAUCUGCACACAUCUUUCUCUUGUUGCUGAUGUGGAUACAGCAGAUGAAAACUAAAGGAGCCAGAAAACUUGUUUACUGACCCUUUAUUCCUUUAAAUUUGUUACAUCCACAGAGCUGGAAAAGUGGCGCAUCCCAGAGUUUUAUGAGAGGGAGGUUCAUCGUAUGCAGCUUCCCUUCUCCAGUAAAGUGCCAGGCGGCUGUGUGAGUGUGGAAGAGAGGCAGGAGAGACGAGCUCAACAGCUCCGCAGACUUCAGGAAAUUAAUGCUCGCCGCAGAGAAGAGAAGCUACAGCAGGACCAAGAAAGGCUGGAUAAACUCAUGGCAGUGCAGGCAAGAGAUCUCUGAAUCAUUUCAAAGUUUGUACCAAAGUUAAUUCAUGAUACUUCAGGGAAGGCAUUUUGACCAUUCUGAAACUAAUAUCUGUAAGAAGAAAAGGCAAACUGCUCUUCUAAGAUGCAAUGUUAUUAGCCCCUGAAAAAAGUAUAGAAAAUCAAACAAAAGCUCGUAAUGUUCUUUAAGUUUGACGUUCAGUCUUCUGUGUGAUUUUUUUUUUUUUUUUUUUAAUUUUUUAUUUUAAUAUUUUAUAUAACAUACAAACAAAAUAAAACAAAACAAAAACACAAUAAUAGUGAUGGUGGGUACAUAUACAGACAAGACAGAAACAAAAACAGUAAACAGUAUCUUAAAGUAGUGUGUGUAUGCAUGUGAAUGUGUGCACGUGUGUGUAUGAAGCUUUUGUUUCAUAUUCCCUUCUGUCGUCCCCCCCCCCCCCCAUCCCUCCCCCCAUUGCUCCAAACCCCCUUCUAAAUCAAGGAGACCCCUGACUUUUACGCUGGUCGGUCAGGGGUCUUCUUCUGUGUGAUUUUAAACACAGCUGGUGUAUGGUGCAGUGAUGGUUCAAUUUUGCAUGUGCAGGAGCUGCUGGAAGACGGCUUAUUGGAUCAGUUUCAUAAGAGUCUGGUGGAGCUCAACAUGGACUCGGCAGAAGAGCUGCAGUCAUACGUUAACAAGUUGCAGCUGGCUGUUGAGCAGGGCAGACUGAAACUGCUGCACAGUGAUGGAGUGGAGGGAAAGACAGAGGUAGGUUUCACUCCAUCAAAUUACAAUAAAACAUCAUAUAAAAAAAAAAGCAACUCUGUUGCAAAAGACUUGGUGAGGAGGUUUUUCUUUUGUGUCCCAACAUCAUAGAAUGAUAAACCUCUUGACACCAGGGAGGCCUGUUCAGUGGACUUAUUUAAAGUGAAGCUUAAAGGUGGGGUAGGCAGGAUCUGAGGAAGUGCCAGUUUUUGGGAGGAAUCUUGAAUGUAAACACUACCCCUCCCAACCAGUUUUCCCCUCAGCUCCUCCUCUCCCCUCCCUCUCUGCUCCAGCAAGCCCCGCCCACAAACAGACGCUCCUGCUCGCUCGUAUCGUUCCAAUUAAAUUCAGAUAUAAUGCUGAUAAAUACUUCAGAUCAUUACAAAUGGAGCUCAGUCAACGUGAAAGUAAACAGCAUUGGUGCUACUGUAGAUGCCAACAGACUGCCAGCAAACACAAUGUUUGCAGGACUUCUAAAACUAGGAUAAAGUGACAUAGUCCAGGACCUGAAGUAAACAGUUUAGCAGCGCUACAACAUGCAGCAGGAUCCGUUUGACAAGAAACACUUGUGUUACAGACACUUGGCUUACUUUGUUAAAGCGGUCUCCCUGUCCAGCAUAAAGGUUACAGGGUCCGUAAGAUCCUAAAGCGUCCCCCAUCAUUGUUGACCCAGCUCUUUUAGCUCUUGCCCGAGUGGUCUACCUCCUUUUUAAGUGCCCGUUAUUCUGCCAGAGUCUUCAGACAAUUUUCUGUACUUUCUGGUUGGUUUCUACUGUCCGAUAUUGUAGCAUACUAACUUUGUUUGGGCUCCUGAACGACACGGGGGAGCAGCGUCUGUCUCACAACCAAUCAGGAUAGAGGAGGCGAAAAAUGGCUUUGUUUUCAGUCAGAAAGAGCGGAGUGCUCUGAAAUUUUAAAAUGUUGACUACACAGACAUAACAAAACACAGCAAUAUUGUUAUAUUACCAAAUGUCAUCAAUGACUAAUAGCUAUUUAUGAUAUUAAAAGCUGUUUUGUAUAUACACCACAAAAAAAAUGCUUCUUUAACAGAUUCCUGCCUACCCCAACUUUAACACCUACUUGUUUUCACUGACGUACAACUUGUGAGCUAUGUUGAAUUUGUGUGUUUUAAAUUAAUUUCAGUCCUGUGUUUCCAUGUUAUGAUUGUAAUCUGCCUUUAACUUGUUUUUCUUUUGAAGUACUUUUAUCCUCAUGUUUUACUUGUUGUACAGCACUUUGAUGCAAAGUGCUUUGUAAAUACAUUUUAUUAUUUAUUCUGAUUAGUAUUAUUUUGAGACAGUUUGUCUCACCAACCCUUACUUUUGUAAGUGUAUACACAUUCAAAUAUAUAGAAAUGUGAAAAACAUUGUUUAUGUUAUGUACUGUAUCACCUGGCAAUUAAAUUGAUUCCGUCACCAAUUGUUAAAAAAAAAGCACUGGAGUCACACUACACAGUACAAUCUUAAGAUAUGGCAGCAACUCAUAAACCUGGGACCCCUGAGCUGACAUUAUCAUGUCAUUACUGUGGGUGUGCUGCAGUGCUGUACAGUAUCCAUUAUUGUGGGCUGCAGCCCAUGUGCCAUAGCAGACAUGAAGCCUUAGGCUGUUCUGUUGUUCUCUGCCAGGUGUCUGAGCUGGAACAGCCAAUGGACGAGGGAGACGGAGUGGCACUGAUUGAUCCAGACUUCCCUGAAGACACACUGCCAGAAAAACCUGCUAAUGUAGUCCAGGUAAUGGCUGAGAGAAACAGGAACCUCCAAUACAGACAUUUAAAUUCUAAAUAAAGCUAUGCAAACAAUUAUUCUCCUGUGUAAUAUGUGGCUAGAAGAACAAGUCAAAGUUUUACCCCCGCAAAAUGUUUUUAGAGACAGGCUAACUUUUGUCUGCUGGCAAUGUUUCAGUUCUGGUCGUAUAUUAAUGUUGGUUUAAAUUAAUCCUUAUGUUGUCUCCAGCCCAUGUUCAACUUGGCUGAAUACCACCAGCUGUUCAUAGGAACAGAGCGUCUGCGGUGUCCAGAGAUCAUGUUUCAGCCUUCACCAACUGGAGAGGACCAAAUGGGACUGAUGGAAACGCUGCAGUAUGUCCUGGCCAGGUAAUGUUGAAAUGUUGAGAGUGCGAGCAGUAAUGAGAAGCAUACAUGCAAAUAUACAGAAAACCCAAGUCCAAGAGGAAGUCUUUUCCUAAUACUCUGAACUUUACUUUGAUGGCAAGAGACAGAGAGUAAAGGCAAAGUGUAAAGGAGUUAGGCAAAGAUGACUGUGGUGUUAAGAGAGUCCAACUUUACUUUGCACUAGGCAGAUAUUAGUGUCUGCCUAUCAUGUUAACAUGAUUCAGCCAAAAAAAGUUCAGAGAACUUCAUGACUUUGAUAGGGCUCUUACAUGUUCCAGAAGAGAAAGACCCCUCAGCAUGUCGCAGCUUCUAGCUGCUGCAACAGAUGGACAAAGAUAACACCUGUAGAUUUUAAGUGUGUUCCUAUGAGUAUUUUCCAACCCUUUGUUAUUGUAUUUGUAUGUUAAAAUGGUGCUCUGUUGAGUUGAACCUGUUAUUGUCAUACAAGCUUAUGAUAUACAGUAUGAAUGAGUACACCCCCUUUAAAAAUUAAGGUUUUAAUCAAUAUCUCAGUGAACACAAGAAUAAUUUCCAAAAUUUUGACAAACAGAUUUUUAUAGAAUAUUUGUUUAACUCAUAACGUAAAAGCAAGGUUAAAGAUAGAACUGAGAUAACAACAGAGAGUGAUGCUCUACUUGUCUCUUCAGAAUCCCCCAUAGGUGUUCAAUUGGGUUCAGAUCAGGAGACAUACUUGAUUACUGAAACACUCUGACCCUGUUCUCCUUAAGAAAUGAAACAGUGGCCUUAGAUGUAUGUUUCAGAUCAUUGUUAUGUUGGAAAAGUGCACGCCGACCAAGGGCACGGAGUGAUGAUAGCAUCUUCUCUCUCAAUACAGAACAGUGUAUCUGUGAAUGUAUGAUGCCAUCAAUGAAAUGCAGCUCCCUGACACCAGCAGCACUCAUGCAGCCUCACAUAAACAAAACAGGGGACAAAUAUCUAUACACAAACUAUAGCCAGUAUCAUUGUUGUCACAGUUUUCAAAAAUUCUUGAAAAACUAUUUGUGACACAGUUAGGUAGUUUCAUUGAAAAACAUAAUUUACUUAUACACAGCCAAUACUGCUUUAGGACCAAUAGAUCCACUGCAAUGGCACUGAUGGAAGUAUUCGAGGAACUAACAAAUGCAAAAGAUAACAAGCAUUAUGCAAUAGGAGUUUUUGUGGAUCUUAAGAAAGCUUUUGACACGAUUAAUCAUGACAUCCUGUUAACAAAAUUAGAAAGGUAUGGUAUCAGAGGGGUGGGGCAUAGCUGGAUCAAAAGUUACAUUGAAAACAGUUUGUACAGAUAUGUGAGCACAGGUCAACAUUUUUAGAUGUAACCUGUGGUGUGCCACAGGGUUCAAUAUUGGGACCAAAAUUAUUCACAUUAUAUAUAAAUGAUAUAUGUUAAGUUUCUAGUGUUCUAAAAUUUGUUAUUUGUGCAGAUGAUACUAAUAUCUUUUGUACAGGAGAGAAUCUAAACCAGCUAUUGCAGGAUACCUCAGUGGAGCUGAGUAAACUAAGAUUAUGGUUCGAUGAGAAUAAACUCUCUCUAAACAUGACUAAGACAAAGUUCAUUGUGUUUGGAAAGAGACCAAUUCAACCAAAUACAGAGGUAGAAGUCAGUAUUGAUAAUAUUAAGAUAAAAAGGGUGUCUGAGUGUACUUUUUUUAGGGGUGAAAAUGGACUAUAACCUCAGUUGGAAACCCCAAAAAACUAUGUUAGGCCGAAGUUGGCUGGGAGUAUAGGUAUUUUAGGGAGGACAAGGCACAUAUUAAACCAUAAAACUUUAUACUUAUUAUAUAUUAUAUGCUCAUAUUACCAUAUCUGACUUAUUGCAUAGAAGUCUGGGGAAACACAUAUAUAACAUAUUUACAACCUUUAUAUUUUAUGCAAAAGAGAGCAAUAAGGAUUGUUAACAAGGUAGGAUUCUUCCAUCAUACUAAUGAACUGUUUCUGAAAUUAAGAGUAUUACAAUUUGCCAAUCUAGUUGAAUUUAGAACUGCACAGAUAAUGUCCAACGCAACAAUCUACUCCCUAGCAAUAUACAGAAAAUGUUUGUUGAAAGAGAGGGCAAGUAUGUAUUGAGAGGGGAACGAAAUUUAGCAACAACCGGACGUUCGUACAACACUGAAAAGCAUGUGUCCUUCUGGGGGUGAAGCUAUGGAACAGAUUGCCUGAUGAAAUUAAACAAAGCAAAACAAUAGCACAGUUUAAAUGUAAAUUAAAGCAGAGUAUGAUUGAAAAAUACAUAUAUAAGUGAUUUUCGUUUUGUCACACUUAUUAUAUUGUAUAUGGGUAUGGUACAAAUGAGAGAAUUGAAGUUUCAUAGGUAUAUAUAUAUAUAUAUAUAUAUAUAUAUAUAUAUAUAUAUAUAUAUAUAUAUGAAGUGCAUAUUUGUGUGUGUAUACGUGUAUAUAGGUAUAGGUGUAUAUAUGUAUAUAUAAGGUCUUUGUCUCAGUAUUAAUGAUUUGUUACUUAUUCCUGUUAGACUUUGGAGCUUUGGUUACUUUUUGGCGACUUAAGAAAUCCUGAAAUUCUAGAGACAUGUAAAAGGUCAAUCAAUAGGAAGGAAGGAUGGUAUGUACAAAUAAGCUAAAUAGCUUCUACCUACUCCUUUUCGAUCUCCAAAAAUAGGUGAAUUUCUUGUCUAAAAUUGUGCUGUAUGUAUAUUUGAUCGAAUUAACAAUAUCCCUCUCUCUCAAAGGACACUACCACCAUGUUUUACUAUAGGCACUAUGCAUUUUUCAUUGUUCUCUUCACCUUUGCAAUGCCACACAGUUGUGAAGCCAUCAGUUCCAAAACAUUGAUCUUGGUCUCAUCACUCCUGAGUACAGAGUCCUAGUGGUCUCUUUUUUUUCCCAGUGUGGGCCCUAGGCUUUCUUUUUUGUGCAUGAGCUUUGGGAGAGGCUUCCUUCAUGAACGACACCCAUGUGUACCAUUCCUCUGCAAUGUACACCGUAUUGUGUCACGGGAAACAAUCACCCAAGUUUGGCUUUCUGCUUAUUUAGCUAACUGCAAAAAACCUGCAUGGCAAUUUUCUUCAACCCUUCUUAUCAGAGGACGCCCCUGCUAAAGUGUAAACUUUCAAGGAUGGCCCAGAAAUCUCUGUGAGAUAGUUGCAGUUCCAUCUUUGUAACAUUUUUGUAUUGCUUCUGCUAUAAUAUUCUGACUGUUAAUCUUCUUGUAGCUUUCAACUUUUUUGUGUAAAAUGAUUCUCAUUCUCAGGUCUUGUGACUUUUCUCCUCCAUGUGGUGCCGUUGCUGACAGCAUGAAAUAGAGGGGGGCUUUCUUUUUUUUUAAAAAUAAUACUCUUUUAUAGUCAGCUGUCUGCUAAUGAAUAAUAAGACUCACCUAUGGUUGAAUUCUUGUUAAGUAGAAUUUUGUAAUCUAAAAUUUAGCUUUGCUUUUAAGACUUUCAUUGGGGUGUACUCAUUUUUGCUACAUUGUCUUUGAUAGAUUUUUGAGAAAAAUUACUUUUUUGUGUGUGCAAAUUAACAAAUCUUGUUUGCAAUCAAUGGUCCACAUUCGUGGGAGUAUUUUGUCUCACUGACUUUUUUGCAGUUUUUCACAACUAAUGUCGUGAAAAAUUGAUAUACAAUAGAGAAAAGUAAUAGCACACUAAUCCUGAUUCUCUAAUUCUUUCUAAAACUCUGUAGGACUAGUAGUAAAUCGAAAUAUGUCCAGAAGAGAAAAAAGAAAAAAAAAUACAGUGUAACAACAGUGCCUCGGUGUGUUUGCCCGGUGUCCUCAAUGAAUUUAAAAACAUCAAAAAGUAAGAUGAUUCAAUAAGGACAAAUGAUAACUUAAGAGCAGUUUAGGGUUAUAAAAACCUUAUAUCAAUAUAAAAGAAAUAUGUAAUUCAGUUUGAUUUGAAUUUAAUGUUGAGCCAUGAAAAAAGGUUUUAAGCUGCUCCUUAAAUUACACUCAAAGGUUACCUGUCUAAUCUUUGGUGGGGGUGCAUGCUAAGUCUUUGUUGCGAAGCAAAAAAAAAAAAAGUUGCUUAACCAAACUUUUCUCUUUAGUCUGUGGUCUACAUAACAAGGCAGCGCUGUGACAUUUAUUAAAGGUUUGGUACAUAUCCUAACAAGCAAACUGAAAGUUAUGACAAAGGGCUGCUGAACUGUAGCUGAUCUGUUUUUAAUUUAUUACCACAUUCAGGUACACUCUAAAGCAGCAGGAGGCGCUGGUGAGCAAUGUGUUUCUGACAGGUGGAAACAUGCAGUAUCCAGGAAUGAAGGAGAGAGUAGAGAAAGAGCUGCUGGCCAUUAGGCCCUUCCAAUCACAUUUCAAGGUACAAGGUGUUUCCAAUAUGCAACACUCUAACAUUUCACAGUCCUAACAAAGUUGCUAAUCUGCAAUGCUAUUUUGAGUAACCUUCUAUUGUUUAAGUUUACUGUUUGUCUUGAAUUGAUAAGUGAAGAAUGAUAAAUAAAUCUGAAGUUGAAAGUGGGGUAAAAAGCCUAAAAGCUCAGGAAUAGACUCACAUGAGUUAGCUGACAGCUUUUAUGAAUCCAUAAUGAUGAUGAUGAUGAUGAUGAUGAUGAUGAUGAUGAUGAUGAUGAUGAUUGUUGUUGUUGUUAUUGUUGUUGUUAUUAUGAUUAUCUGGAAAAAACCUCUUGUAAAUACAUUUGUAACUUCUGAUGCCAUUGUAACCUCCCCAGGUUACAAUGGCAUUGCAGCCAUCCCUGGAUGCCUGGUAUGGGGCAAGAGACUGGGCCUUAGUGAACCCACCAGGAGGAGGAGGAGGAGCAUCAGCAGAGGGAUGGAUCAGCAGACAGGACUAUGAGGAGAAAGGAGGCGAAUAUCUAAGUGAGCACUGUGCCUCUAAUGUCUUCAUACCUAUAAAACUUACCAAACCAGUUCCUGCUCGUCCUAACGAGUCUACUGGUGCCUCGCUGCCAUCAACUGGAGCCUCUGCUGUCAUCACCACGGUUACUUCGGCCACGACGCCCCCCAGUUCUACUGUUGCUGGUGUUCCGAUGGUAACCUCUUAA